UUAUUUAAUUGAUUGAUUGAAAAACAAGUGCAUUGAAAGAAAAAGAGCGAAUAUGGAUAUUAAUACGGCAAAAAAGUGUACUGAUAGACAAACAGAUGUUAAUAAUCCUGAUGAGUCAACGAACAUUAAUAAUAUUGUGAAUGGACAAAUGGAUGUUAAUAAUACAAAUAGACACACAUCAACAUAUGAAGAUAUCAAGAUGUUGCCCAGCAUUGAAGAAGAAAAAAAGUGGGAACGAGAUGGGGUAAUUUUUCAGAUGUUGAUGAGCUUAUAUGCCAAUGUUAUUGUGGUGGGUCCGGCGAUGAGUUUUGGUUACAGUGCUGUGGCAGAACCCGUGAUGAGAGCACCAAAAACCAAUGAUUUACAACUCAACGCUGUUCAGGCAAAUUGGAUGGCUACUGCAUCUGCGUUGGGUAUACCCCUUGGAUGUUUAGUCUCGAGCUUUGUGAUGAGACGAGGAAGGAAAAUCAGCAUGUUCGUGACAUCAUUAAUCGCACUGGCGGGUUGGAUGAUCAUUUAUAUGUCAAACAGUUACGAGCAGAUUCUUGUGGGGAGAAUCAUUUCCGGAAUAUCUGCAGGCAUGUCAUCGGUCCCGACGACGGUAUACGUGGCAGAAAUAACGGGACCGAAGUGGCGAGGUACGAUGAUGACGUGGACCAGCUUCUCCUUCGCUCUCGGUGUUCUCCUCGUUUAUAUCUUUGGAUAUAUUUUUAAGGAUGAUUGGCGACUAAUGACCUUGAUGUGUAGUCUACUCCCAGUGGUGGCGAUUGCUCUGGCUUUGCUAGUGAUACCCGAGUCACCACUGUGGCUCCGGGAUCAGAAUCGGUCUGAGGAAGCGCUGGAGAUCAUGAGAAAGUUCCGUGGUAUACCAAAAGACAUGCCGACUCCUACAGAACUUUUGCUCGAACUGAAGCCGCGGCCACAGAAGAAGAAUCAGAAUCUGCUAAAACACCUGAUGAAGAGGAGUUCUCUGGUGCCAUUUGUCAUAAUGCUUAGCUACUUCUUCUUUCAGCAAUUCUCUGGAAUCUUUAUUGUCGUAUACAACGCUGUCGCGAUUAUGGAUAAGUCUGGUGUCCAGGUAGAUCCUUAUCUCGGCGCCGUUCUAAUUGGCAUAGCACGUCUCAUAGCUAGUCUUCUAACGAGCGCAGUGUCUCGAAAAUUUGGACGACGAAUCCCGUCGAUAUUUUCCGGCAUCGGGAUGACGAUUUUUAUGGCCAGUUUGUCGCUCUACCUCUUCCUGGCUGAGAACGGAAUUGUCAUAUCAGAUAAAGGGAUAAUCCCAGCAGUAUGCAUGUUGCUGUACAUUUUCACGAGCACUUUAGGUUACCUGAUAAUGCCAUUUGCCAUGAUGGGCGAAAUAUAUCCGUCCAAAGUCAAAGAUAUACUAUCCAACUUGACGGUCGCUAUAGGUUACAUCUUCAGCGCGAUAACUGUUAAGACAUAUCCGGAUAUGCUAAAAUUGAUGAAUAUGCACGGCGUAUUUCUCUUCUUUGCAAUUAUUUCUUUCAUCGGUUUAAUAUUCAUCAUGUUAUUCCUGCCUGAGACAAAAGGAAAGACGCUGGACGAGAUCGAGGAUAUGUUUUCCAAAAAGAAGGUCUUCGAAUUACCGGCGGAAGAAGAAGUCGAAGAAGAAGUUCCAAACGCCUUCAGUCUACUAAGAAAAAAUUAAAAAAGUUACUUAUAUGGAUGUUAAGAAAUAAAGCAUAGAUUGCAAUUAAUAUUAAGUAUCCCAAAAAUGAGAGAGACAAGACCAUACAAUGUUGUGCGGUUAAUAAAAUACACGUCGUUUUGUAAUAUUUCAAGGUACGCUGACUUUUAAAAAAUGUUAUUGAUGUAAUGAGAAAUAACUCAAUAUUUAUUUGAAAUACGAGCUCUCUUCUUAGCGUGUCAUAUAUUUUACAAAGAUUUAAAAAUGAUAAAAUAUGUAGAGAUAUAUCACGUUUACAAAGAAAAAACUUAUGAUUACUUAGGAUGGACGCUUUUAUCACCUCAAUAAAGGUUUUUAAAAUGGUGACAUAAACAGUGUUACAUAUCAAAACUUAGCUUUAUAUACUAAUGUAUUCGUAAAUUAUGAAAUAUGUUAUGUAAACUUGAAGUUCUUAAAUUCAUCUAGUCUGGAAUUCAAUAAAAAUGUGUAAUUUCGA